CAACUGGCAACAUUGUUUAAAAAUUUGAUCUUAUUUUGAAAGAUUGAACUUCUAUUCUGAGAUUUUGUUUGUGUAUAAAAUACAUAUAUCUAAUAUGGUUAUCUACCUCUAAUAUUUCCUUGAAGAUGAACAAAAACUAUGAACGAUGCACAUAUUGCAACCGACGGAAAUGGCUUACAUCUGGUUGUCUCCGAAAGUGGUUGAAACCAAUGGAAUGUAAACAUUUUCAACGAAGCAUCGACAGUAAGAGGGAUUUUAAUAAUACAGAUAUAGUGAAUUGCGUGGUUCUUCCAGAUUGCAAAACAAGUUUGAAUACAAAUAAAUUCGUAAAGUUUUGGAAAAACAAAUUUUUUAUGACGGGUAGCGUCAGGUCAUUGCAAAGAUACUUUAGCAAUAAGAACAAUGGUGGUGAAUAUAUUUGUAGUUUUAACAAAACUUCUGACCCAUCCACUUCAACUGACAAGCGAACAGUAUUUAAUCCAAGUUUUGAUACCAAAAAAGAUAGUAGCUCUGACAAAAUUACAAUAAAAUGUCAACAUUCAGAGGGUCAUUCAGUUCUUAGAGGACACCAUCAACAUGCAUCUAUGGAGACUUGUGCAAUAUAUUGUCAGCUAUCUAAGCAUGGCUGGUAUUGGGGUGGAAUCACUUCCAGUGAAGCGGAGGAGCUGUUAGCUGGUCAGCAUGAUAAUGUAUUCCUUGUAAGAGAUUCCUAUGACUCAAGACAUAUAUUAUGUGUAUCAUUUCGAUGUGUCGGACGAACUCUACAUGCUCGCCUGCGACAUGCCAAUGGUCUAUUUUCAUUGAACAAUGAAACAUUUGUCCCAGCUAAUAGAAUAUCAGAACAUUGUGCUACAGUGGAUGUUAAGUCCAAUUUGUUUGAAAUGCCUGUUAAAUUGGCAAGACCUUUAAACAGAUUUGCAAGGCUAGACUCCUUACAAAUGAUCUGCAGGUUUGUAAUACGACAGACAGUUGAUACAAAUGUUUGGCAUGAGUUACCAUUACCACCAAAUCUUAUUACAUAUGUGUCUUCUGGAAGUGAUUAUAUUGUUCAAACAUAGUACUUGAAAAUUGUGCCUUAUACUGUCCUUUUGUACUGUAAGUCUAUUUACCUAAAUAAAGAACAUAUCUGUAUUGUUUAUAAAAGCUAUACAAAUAUAUUU